AUGCUCAUCAACAAGACCUUUCAUGAUAUCCCUACCAAGCUCCACCCAAACGGGAGGCCUAUACGUAUCUUUGUGAUAGCUCCAGUCAUUCCAGAUUACCCCGAUGCCAAGUUCCCUGGCCCUGUCGAACGAUUUGCAGGCCAGAUUGCAAGCCAAGGAUUCGUUGUCGCAUGCCCAUCUGUAUACCACGAGUUUGAAGGACCAGAGCCGAUCCCCUACGAUACUGAAGGCACGGACAGAGGAAACAACUACAAGAUUGAAAAAGAGCUCGCCGCCUACGACGAAGCGGCGUUCGACCCACGAGUUCUUGCGUCUGUCUGCUUCUUUGCAACAGAUAUCCACAGCGCUUCUCUAGGAAAAGGAAAGAACGACGACUCUUUAAUCAAAGUUCAAAAGGGUGACUUGAAAGGCAAGGGUGAACUAGUCAUGAUCUUUGGCAAACAGGACACCCAUGUUCCUCGCCAAGGAAGAGAUUUGAUCCGUAAAACCCUGGAAGAUGCGAAUGUACCGGUUUCAGUGAGUCUUUGA